GGAGGGACGGCGCCCACUGCUCCUGCGGCCGUGGAUGGGAACCAGGGAGUCGGUCGGUCUCUGCUGGAGCGUGCGCUGCUGGUAGCCGAUUCGCCAGCGAACUUCUCACGACGUCUAAGAUGGUGCGCGAACAGUACACGACGGCCACAGAGGGCACCGAGAUAGAGAGGCCGGAGAACCAGCGUGUCUGCAAAAUCGGCAUUUACGGCUGGAGAAAGCGCUGCCUCUACUUGUUUGUCCUUCUUUUACUCAUCGUCUUCCUUGUGAACUUCGCUCUCACGAUUUGGAUUCUCAGAGUGAUGUGGUUCUCCCCAACAGGAAUGGGCUACCUGCGUGUGAUGGAGAACGGGCUCUACCUGGACGGGGAAUCGGAAUUCUUACUCCCGUUGUACGCCAAAGAAAUACGCUCCAGAGUGGACUCCCCCCUGCUGCUGCAGUCCCCCCACAAUGUGACGGUCAACGCCCGCAGCUCUGACGAAGAGGUCACGGGCAGGCUCAUAGUGGGCCCCAAAAUGGUAGAAGUCCAGAGUCCGCAGUUUCAGAUCAAUUCCAAAGAAGGGAAGCCGCUGUUCACUGUGGACGAGAGUCAGGUUCUGGUCGGCCCGGACAGACUCCGAGUAACCGGGCCUGAAGGGGCUCUCUUUGAACAUUCAGCGGAGACACCCCUCGUAACUGCCAGCCCGUUUCAGGAGCUCAGAUUACAGUCCCCCACGCGAAGCCUGAGCAUGGACGCCCCGCAGGGCGUUCACAUCCGGGCUCGGGCCGGGGGCGUCCAGGCCCUUUCGCAGAUGGACGUCGUUCUUCACAGCGGCGACGGCCGGCUGGUGCUGGACGCCGAGACUGUGUGUCUGCCCGAGUUGGCCCAGGGGACCCCGGGGGCUGCUGGCGGCUCACGGGGACUCUACGAAGUCUGCGUGUGUCCAGACGGGAAGCUUUACCUGUCUGCGGCUGCCGCGGACACCACGUGCCACGAAAACAGCCAGGUCUGUCUCUGAAGCGGCCACGUCUGCCGUGGAGCACUGCUCUGUCUCGGCGAACUUGAAGUCCUGACCUCAAGCGACGUGGGACCCUGGAGGGAGGAGCGGGCGGGUGGCGGGAGAGGACGCACUUCCGAAGGGAGCUCAGAAAGAGGAGCGUGCCCACGGAGGCGUUCGGACCACGGGUGUGCGGUGUUCGACGCAAAAGUCCCAGAAAUGACAGUGGGCUGUGUGUGUUCCUCCAGACUGAGUGUCCUCAGAGCUGUGUGAGCUUCCUGUCCCUUUCUCGUGCAUGUCCGUCUGCAAGGAGAUACUAAAGGCUGUGUGGGGUUCCUUUAUGAUGUUCAAGUGCAGGUGUCUAAUGCCCCGUGGAAGUGGCAUCGGCCAGCACUACCAUGCCCCCAAGUCCUGGGAGGUGCUUCCCUUAUGCCACUCAAGCCUGUGAGUUCCCUCUUCGUUUUAAUGCAACGUUACGUCACGGUUCAUGAGAAAGUCCCUCGGUUUGAAAGGGACUUCAGGGUGGCUCUGACUUUCAGUACGUAGUCAAAGGAAUAAAUUACACAAAAUUAAUCAUGCUUUCUGUGUCAUCAAUGAGCAAUAAAAACCAACCUGUAUUUGUCACCAA